AUGGAGAUGGACGGCAUUUAUACUGGACUGCAGAAUCCCUCGGAGGAUGUCUACUCCACAGUAAACACACCCCAGGGGAAGAGAGCAGGAGCAGAACAGGAUUACCCCACCCUGCCUGUGAGUGCUGCUGGCAAAGCCUCUUCAUACAGACAGCCUGCACUGGUCCUCCUCAUCCUGUGCUGUCUCUUACUGGCUGCAAUCAUCUCCCUCGCUGUCUAUCAUUUCAGAACUAAAGAAGACCCUGAGAAAUGCAACAGCCUCUCCACAAAUGAUUCAUCAUUACUGAAUCAGCUGCAGCACAAUAACAGGCUCAGUGAAACUCAUUCUGAGCUGCAGAAGCAGGGUUGUUCUUCAGAGAAGUGGAUGCAGUCCAAUGGAAAGUGCUACUACUUCUCAACUGAUAAAAUGGACUGGCACUCCAGCCGUGAUAACUGCACAUCAAUGGGGGGGCACCUGGUGAUUAUAGAGAGCGAGGCAGAACAGAGAUUCUUAUUGAAUGAAGCUAAAGCCCAUGCAGGGAAUCGCUACUGGAUUGGCCUGACUGAUGCUGUUACUGAAGUAGCCUGGCUCUGGGUGGACGGCACUCCUCUCAAUGACAAGGCAAAGUACUGGUACGGUAAGGAGCCUGAUGACGAUAAGAAAUGUGGGGACUCGUCCGGGCAGGAUUGUGCAGACCUUCUGUACAUAUAG